UCAGUAGUAUCAGUAGUACAGGUGUGUGUGUGUGUGUGUGUGUGUGUGAGAGACAGGUGUAGAGAGGGAGAACAUGCUCCUGAGCGCUCCUCAUCAGAUCGUGCUGCUCUUCAGUUUGGCGGUGUGUGUGAUCCCGCUCAUACCGCGAUUACUCUCCGCGGGGGGCAACAUCAAAGCACAGCCGCCGCCACGGUCCGAGCACCGCUUCCGCUCAGGCCCCCACCCCGGCCCUCACCCCGGGCCCCUCCCCGGCCCUGGCCUGACCCCUCCCGAGCGCGUGGGCGUGGACAGUGUGCAGCAGGUACAGAGGAUGAUGGAACAGGAGAUGAGGAAGGAGAAAGCGAAGAGCUCCAGCGGUAACAAGGGCUACGUCUUCACGCUCAUGCCGCUGUACGCCGUGGGCGUCGGCCUGUUCGCCGCCUACAAGUUCCUCAAGAUUAAAUCAGCGGACGAGUCGCGGGCGCAGAAGGAACAGACGGCUCAGGGACUCCGUAAAUCUGAGGAGACGGAGAACCAGCUGAAUGAACUGGAGCAGCGAUUAGCUCAGACGGAGAAGAUGUUAAACUCCAUCCUCACUCAGCUCGACCCUCUAACCAACUGUGUGAAGUCAGUAGCGAUGGAGCAGAAGAACGAGAUCAUGAAUCAGUUGCAGUGUAUCCGUCACCUGAUGAAGAAACGAGGGAUGAAGUGUCAACCUACAGAGAGGAUGUGUGAGCGUAACCUUGACGACCUGAUCGAGUCUCUGAGCACCAUGGAAACCGGCGCUGUAGCGCACACGGCGGGUGUGAUAGAGGGGCUAGAGGAGGUGGAGGAGGAGGACCACGCCCACAUGCCCGCUCUGGAGGAGGAGGAUGAGAGGGAGGUCACAGCAGGGGGCGUGGCUUUAGAGGACACUGAGGGUGACGGGAGUGGUGAUGAACUGGAGGAGGAGGAGGUGGGCGUGUCCGGGGCGUGUCCGGAUGAGCUGGGGGCGGGGCUUCGUCGUCGCACCAGACCUGAUUAAACAUUCGUGUCCUGUUCGAGCUUAUCUGGCUCUUCACCGCCUCCCUGCAGUUACCUCGACCGGCCAGCAGAGGCCGCAAUUACACCAGCGAUAAGAAUCAAUGUUUUAUUCUUCAGAUUCACAGCCAACUGAGUGUCUGUGGAACCGCCCGGAUGGCUGAUAGCACAGCUGAGACUGGAACCGGAGAGCUUUAGAUAAUUACUACAAGAGUUAUUAAUAUUUAGUGAAGUUAAUAUGCAUGUUAAUAAGCAGAACAGAGUACAAAAAAGUUGGGACAGCAGGAAAAAUACAAAUUAUGUAUCAGCACAAAGAGCAGAUAUUUUCUAUUUAAUUAACUGUUUUGAUUCGUAUUAAUUAUCAUGAAUUGUUUAUUUGAUGGCUGCAGCAUCUUCCCAAAAAAGUUGAGACAGGUAGUAGAAAUAGAAGUUUAGGAGAUGAUAUAAAUUGCAGUUUUGUAGUUUUACACAGGUAAACAGGUAACAGGUGACGUCACGAUUGUGUAUAAAUAGAACGUUAAAUAAAGACUCAGACUCGUUAACAACGAUGAGUCAAAGUUCAACACCUAAAAUCCAACAGAUUAAAAACAGCUGGAUUUGGAAUAUCACCACCUACAGUCCAUGACAUUAUUAACAGAUUUAGAGAGAUCUCAGUGUGUCAGAGCAAGGUCAACAGUGAAUGCCUGUAACACUUGAGCUGCUUCUGCGAUGAACAGAACCACGUGGACUCUGGAGCGCUUCAGAAAACCCUCGUCAGUAAACACGGCUCAUCACUGCAUCUACAAACACACGUCUAGACUCCAGCUAUCAACAACGUCCAGAAGCGCCGCAGAAUUCUCAGAGCUCAGCCUCACCUGAGAUGGAAUAAAGCAUGUUCCAAAUGUUCCAAAUUCUUCUUGGAAAUAAAGUUAUGUUAUCCGUGCCGAAGAGGAAGAGGACCUUCCCUAAUGUUACCAAAACAAGAUGCAAAAAAUAACUGCUGCUGUAUUGUAUGUAUUUAUGCUGUAUAAUACUGCAAUAAUUUCUGCACCUUAUGUGACUGCUGCUAUAUGCCUUCUUUUUUUACUGCCUUAGUUUAUUUCUUUUUUUUUUUUUAUUCCUCUGUAUAUAAAACGUCUUUUUUAUAGUUUAAAUUUAUGUAUCCUUUAAAAAAGUUUUUUAUACUGUGUUUUUAUUCUGUUAGUUUAAUAUUGUUUUUUUAUGUAUAAUACUUAUUGAUGUUUGGAGGACGAACAAAGUAAGAAUUUCAUUGUA